GAGAAACACCGUGUCACAUCACAGACACACACGGUGACCGGUCAUGUCCAAACCCGCCAGAGCACAGUGACCAAUGCAAUACCCAUGCUUCUGACUACAUUAUAAUAAAACGAGCACCUGCGUAUCCAAGACGAAUUCUUUUCUUAUUUUUAACAGGGCUCACCUGUUGAGAAUGUGUAAAUUGCACGAAUCAGUUCAAGCUGAGACUGUUAAACACUGCGCGCGUAGUGUGCGCGUGUUUGCUCACGGGACCGUGGGGUUUUGGUGAUGCGCGUAUGUGUGGCGGGUCUCAUUCUGCUCGCGGUGGCAUACCGUGACAGUGCACGUUUACCGGAGCGUCGAUCUAUGCACCCAUCCAUCCGCGCGUCACCCGGGAAACAGAUGGACACACCGGCGCGCGGACCUGUUGUAAGUGUGACUGAGUUGGUUCAUGUGACCGUGCGAUUGUCGUGCCGGUAAAACGGUCACUUGCUGUAAGCGUAACGUGUCCGUAGAUGCACGGGAGUAAGCUAAGUGAGUCUCUCUUGGGUUUCGGAGCAUCAGUCGUGCGCUGCGCAUCUCCGCCGCUCAUCAUAUGAUGAUGCGUGUUCACGGGUCCUCCUCCGGUAUCACCGGCAUUACUCACGGACCGGCGGAGUGAGCGAGCGGAGAUCUCCAGGAUAGGCAGCUUAAUAUGAUCCUCAGAUGAGAAGGUCGUGGAAACUUUUUUGUGGAAAAUGUUUAGAGGAGCUUCACCUCUCGUUUGGAUAUUUUCAUCGUCACGACAAUGAGUUUGUUUGAGUAUUCCAGAGGAGGAACAUUAAGUUAACAGGUGCGUAAUCGUUAUACAGUGUAGCAUGAUUCCCAGUAGCUUCUGGCACCUUCUCCAGUUCAGAAGCUCUCUGGAGAUCGCGGGGAGAGCGCGUUAGUUGAUGGCACUGUGCGUCGGGAGGACUUUGGUUUGGUUCGGGCAGGUUUUGCGCAGAGUCUCACGGCUGCAGGGUUUGUGGUCCCGGCGCUCCAGCAGUCUGCUGUGUCUCUCCACCAGCCAGGAGCACGAUCAGGGGACCUGUUACAGCCGCAAGCAGUGUCCAAAGAGUCAUCAUCAGCAGCAGCAGCAUCAGCAGCACUCUCGGGUUUGUCCCUACCCGCCCUUUCCCGACUGCUGCUGCGCCUUCCCGGGGGAUACGAGGGGACAUGAACCCCUCAGCCGCCGGUUCCUGGUGGCCAUGAAGAGGCAGAACGUGCGGACGCUGUCCCUCAUCGUCUGCACGUUCACCUAUCUGCUGGUCGGCGCCGCCGUGUUUGACGCGCUGGAGUCGGACUUUGAGAUGAGGGAGAAGGAGCAGCUCGAGGCUGAGGAGAAGAGACUCCAGGGCAAGUACAACAUCAGCGAGGAUGACUAUAGAAAGCUGGAGACAAUCAUCAUGGAGGCCGAGCCGCACAGAGCGGGGGUCCAGUGGAAAUUUGCAGGGUCCUUUUACUUCGCCAUCACAGUCAUCACGACUAUAGGUUACGGUCACGCAGCUCCAGGCACAGAUGCCGGAAAGGCCUUCUGCAUGUUUUAUGCGGUUCUGGGGAUCCCGCUCACCCUGGUGAUGUUCCAGAGCCUCGGAGAACGGAUGAACACAUUCGUGAAGUACCUGCUGAAGCGCAUCAAAAAGUGCUGCGGGAUGCGCAUCACGGAGGUGUCCAUGGAGAACAUGGUCACCGUGGGCUUCUUCUCCUGCAUGGGAACGCUCUGCAUUGGAGCGGCUGCUUUCUCCCACUACGAAGACUGGAGUUUUUUUCAGUCGUAUUACUAUUGCUUCAUAACGCUCACCACCAUCGGCUUCGGGGACUUCGUAGCCCUUCAAAAGAACAGAGCGCUGCAGAGAAAGCCGGUGUAUGUGGCGUUCAGCUUCAUGUAUAUCCUGGUAGGGUUGACGGUGAUCGGGGCGUUCCUCAACUUGGUCGUGCUACGUUUCCUGACCAUGAACAGCGAGGACGAGCGGCGGGACGCCGAGGAGAGAGCUUCCCUUGCGGGAAACCGCAGUAGCAUGGUCAUCCAUAUUCAAGAGGACACGCUCCAGAGGAGUCGACGGAGACGAGAGCAACAGCAGCAGCAGCAGCGCUACAGAUCAGAGGUCACCGACCUCCAAUCAGUUUGCUCCUGCAUGCACUACCAUUCGCACGAGUUCGGGAGCUCGGUCGGUCUCGGCCUAGCCAUGGGAGGAGGACCGUUUCAUCACCAGAACUCGUUCGGCUCGCAGCUGAGCCCGCACCAGUACUACCACUCCACGGUGUCGUACCGCAUCGAGGAGAUCUCGCCCAGCACGUUGAAAAACAGCUUCAUACCCUCUCCCAUCAGCUCCGUUUCACCCGGGCUGCACAGCUUCACGGAAAACCUCCGACUGAUGAGACGACGCAAGUCCAUCUGAGGACCAAGAUAUCACGCGUAUCCAAUGCUGCUGAUCCACGCCACAUCAUUCCUGCACUUUGUCUUCAUUUCGUGGCUCUUACGAGAUUACAAAUACACAGGAGUGAGGACAUUUUUCCGCCUUGAUGGAUAUACGCGUGACUUAUUAGAAUUUACAGUAAGGGUUUGAAAAGCAUGAAGCAUGGAUCUCUAUUUUUGCAGAAAACAUUGCCAGGGCCGCCUUCUUCGCCCUGUUGAGCAGCCACCCGAAAGUGGGUUUGGAUACAAUAACAUGACUCUGAUAUCAUAUUAGACGAUGUACACUUGAGUUUUGAAUAAUACAGAGGGAUAUAUAUAUAUAUACAUAUAUAAAUAUAAUUUUUUAAGGGGCGUAUGAAAAUGUGGGUUUUAUCAUACGGUGAGCAGCCUCUUGUUCUUUGUGAGGUACAAGUGCCACAUCACCGAAGGAUAUUUAAAGUUAUAAACUGCUUGAAAAGGACUAAACAGUAUCAGGUAUUGUUUUCUAUAAGCAAUUCUAUUUAAGAAAAUAAGACAUGAAUUCACAUCAUGCCAAAAUAUUGUUGCCGACAAUAGCAUGUGCAUUAGUUGUCGUUCGAUGUGCGUCACCGUUUCCGUUCCCCCUUUCCGUUUGAUUUCGAUUGAGACGUUUUUGUGAACGAUACAUGUGGUAGAGACACUUUUCAAGUGCGUCGCAGAUGAGAGACGGCAAAAGUCGGUCACGGACACGAAGGAGAAUUGCAUGUGCUUCGUUUAAACUGGUAUGCAUAUACUGUCAAAAAGGAAAGCGAUGGCUAGCUUAGCGCUGGUUCCGAUACAAAAAGCAAAUAAUCCUUUAAAGUAUUUUGUUGAACUUUUGCCUCUAAAAUGUCCAGUAAUCGAAACAUAGCCUACAUACGGUCGAACACGUGAUCUCAAGGGCCUUCAAUAAAGACUUGUGAUGGAAAUAUGACAUCACAGGUGAUUGUUUAUAUACACGGCAGCACGUUGACUUAUCUAUUACUGCGUUGUGAACAGAAUCAAAUGUAUUAUGUAUGCUAACUGUAGCAAUGAUUGCUUUUCUCUCAGCCAUAACGUGGCAUUUAUCUGAAUGAAAAUGAUUUAAAUGCAUUAAUAAAGACACCUAUUUAUGUAUUUUACACGUUUGAGAUAUGGUUCGAAAAUGCCCUGACUAUUAAAUGGUCUUUUAUGGCCCUAAAAUUG